CACCCUCACACCCACAGAGCAGCUGAAAGAGUCGGCACCAGCAGCUGCGCGCCUCACACGCGCCAUGCAUUCCGCAGGGAAGUCGUGGCUGCUGCUCACCGGCUUCGUGCUCUUCUACGUCAUCUACCUGCUGUUCGGCGCGCUGGUGUUCUCCAGCAUCGAGCGGCCGGCGGAGGACAAGCUGCGGCGGGACAUGGAGACCCUGAAAGACGAGUUCCUGAACCGCAGCUGCGUCACCGCCGCGUCCCUGGAGCGCUUCCUGAACCAAGUGCUGUCGGCCAACAAGCACGGCGUCUCCGUCCUCAGGAACACCUCAGAGAAGUCCAACUGGGACCUGGCGUCCUCCAUGUUCUUCGCCAACACUCUGGUCACCACCGUGGGUUAUGGUCACCCCGCGCCUCUGUCUGACGCGGGGAAAGUCUUCUCCAUCAUCUAUGCCCUGAUCGGUGUUCCCUUCACCAUGCUGGUGCUGACCGCCUGCGUGCAGCGGGUCAUGCACCCCCUGGUCCUCGCUCCGGUGGGCCUCCUGCAGCGCUGCGGCCUGAAGCCCCGCCCCGCCACCGUGGUGCACUUCCUGCUGCUGCUGGUGCUGGUGGUGCUCUGCUUCUUCUUGGCGCCGGCGGCCGUGUUCAGCCUGCUGGAGGCGUCCUGGACCUUCCUGGACGGCAUCUACUUCUGCUUCAUCUCCCUGUGCACCAUCGGGCUGGGGGACUUCGUUCCGGCCGCUCAGCCGGGUCAGAAGUACCGAGCGCUGUACCAGGUCGCCGUGAUGGUUUACCUGUUCAUGGGUCUGAUGAUGAUGUACCUCCUGCUGCGCUCCUUCCACAAGAUGGCCGACCUGCACGGCCUGACCACCUUCCUGCAGCUGCCGCGCUGCGAGGACUCCGUGCUGGAGGAGGACCGGGAGACCAUCAUGGACUCCGACCCGAUGCCUCCUCCCUACCCGAAAGACAAAGAGGCCAGCAAGCCCCUGGGCUCAGAGUCCUACCCGUCGUACAACUCCAUCAACAAGAGCUGAGCUGAGGGGAGGCGAGGGGGCAAGAAAACAGAAGUUCUACCUCUGCUCAUCAAACGCCAGGGUCUGUGGGCUGAAUCGUUUUUAUUCUAGAAAACAUCCUGGAAGGAAAAUCUGUGAAACAAAGUGAGAUCAGUUUUAAGUUUCAGUGUCCUCCUCGACUGCAGUAAUGUUUACUUCUUCAGCACCAGCGUAAGAAAAAACUGUAGAAUCGCACAUUCAGAGUUCAGGCCAACAUUUGAAAAAUAGUUUUUUUUUUUUUCAUUUAUUUUGUUUUGUUGUAUUUUUUCAUGAUAUUUUUUGUGAAACAAGUGUGGGUUUGUAAGACUAACAAGUAUUGUUCUUUUAGCUGAACUAGUUUUGUUUGAAUCCACUCCACUUCAGUCGUGUUUAAAAGCGCUUUAUUUGCUUUUGGACGACUUAAAUAAAAGGAUGGAAACAUAACUACAUUUUAAACUCCAGAGUUUCAAACACGUGCUUUUCAUUGAUCCGAUUUCCUGUUUGAAAGUCUGAAAAGCUUUGUUGUGGUGCUGCCCCCCUGGUGUUCGGAUGCGUGCAUCACAGCCCAACACUACAAACUGUAAGUGGAUAAAAACGGAGAGAGGAUAAAAAUGACAAAAUCAUAAGGGUUAAGUUAAAGGUAAUGUAAUUUAGUAGAAAACACAGCUGUCUGUGGGGUUCAGAAACACUUGAAAUGCACUUUAACAGCAAAAUAAAUCAAUAAUGUCGUUGCUAAUGAAUUAAUGUAAAAACCAUCUUUGUUGUGUACGUUGGAUGUUUGUGACUAAUUUAACUUGUAUGUAUUUACACUUGACAAUCUUAUAUAUUAAAUAAAGUUGUUUUCUUGUUAA